AUGUCCAACUCCAACGAGCGCAAUGUAUACUUCGGGCCAGACUCGCUGAAGAAGUAUUUUGAUCCUGACUGCCAACCUCCCUUGCCUUUGGUGGAGCUACCAGAGCAUCUGAACCCAUUUUUCCAUGAUGGAGUCCGAAUAUAUGCUAAGAUGAUGACCAUGCACCCGGCCAACAAUGUCAAGGCUAUGCCAGCGGCCAAGGUUAAUGGGAGGUCAGCUUUAAAUAUGCUCGAAUCAAGCGUUGUUCCAAAUAAAACCAACACCAUUAUCGAGUAUAGCUCUGGUUCAACGGUGAUCUCGAUGUCGAUGAUCGCCCGGGUCAUGCACGGCGUUCAGGACACACGGGCGUUCCUGAGCAACAAGACCAGCGAUGCCAAGUUGAAGUUGAUGCAGUUCUUCGGCUUGAGCAUCACACUCUUCGGCGGCCCAUCACAACCAGAGCCCGCUGAUGAACGUGGCGGUAUUCAAAGUGCUCGCCGUAUGGCCAAGGAGUCUGAUGAUAUCGUCAAUCCCAACCAGUACGAGAACAACAAUAACUGGCAGUCGCACAUGCGGUGGACAGGCCCUCAGAUCUUCAAACAAUUGCCCGAGAUCAACGUCCUUUGCGCCGGCAUGGGCACGUCUGGCACCAUGACUGGCCUGGGAACAUACUUCAAGGGCGUCAAGCCCUCCGUGGUGAGACUCGGAGUCUGCACUGCUCCAGGUGACCGGGUGCCUGGUCCCCGGUCAUUCGCCCUGAUGCGACCUGUCGAGUUUCCCUGGAAAGAGGCAGUGGAUACAAUUGAAGAGGUUGGAUCUUCCGACUCGUACACCUUGUCGCUGAAGCUGUGCCGUGAGGGGCUGGUGUGUGGCCCGUCGUCCGGAUUCAACUUGCAAGGACUCUUCCAGAUGCUUUCCAAGCGCAAGGCAGAAGGGAAGGUCUCUGAGUUGGCCGGACCGGACGGCGUCACGCACUGCGUCUUCCUGUGCUGUGACCUGCCCUACCAGUACAUCGAUGAGUAUUUCCAGAAGCUUGGGGCUGCAGAAUUCCCGGCCAUCCGCAACGAGCGCCUCACCAAGGUUGACCUUCACCGGUACGAUGAAGCCUGGGAGCGAGACGCCCUAGAAGUACUCCCCCAAGUCUACGGCUCCCCGCGACCCCUCGCCCAAACGCCGCUCAGCGAGAUCACCCUGAAGCCGCAGCACCGAGUCCUCGACCUGCGCAAACCUGCCGACUUUCAAGCCUGGCACCUCCCGGAGUCAAUCAAUGUGCCACUCUCCAGCCUAGGGCCUCACACAGUGUCACCGUUUUCGGACCCGGCAGUGCUGGAGGCGCAGUGGGUGGAGCUAGAACAGACCUUCGGGGACGCGCGCCUGGUUUCGGACCUUGGUUCCCAUCACGUUCUGGUGGUCUGCUACGAUGGGAACACGGCACGCGUGGCCACCAGCGUGCUUCGAGCCAAGGGGCUUGAUGCAGACAGCGUGCGCGGAGGCCACCACGCGCUGCGGAUGUAUGGCAUUGGGAGUGAGACCACGGGGCCCGAGGUUUCGGUGUCGGCGGACUGCCCCGCGAGCAAGAUGCCCAUUGCGUCGACGGUAUCUGUUUCGGCAGUGCCCCCUUGA